ACACUCCUCCUCCCUCACAGUCUCACCCUCUUGCUCUCUUCUUCUUCUUCCACAACCUCUGCCUCCUUUUCUCCAUCUGCUCCUGCUCAAAGCCUCAAGCGCACCACCCUCCCUGACAUCCAUCCCCUGAAUUUUUGAGCUUUUGGAUUUUUUUUUUUUUUAUAGCAGAGGCAGGAGGAGCAGAAACAGAAACAUGAAGCUUUUGGGACACCGCUUGUGAUUCUUCUGGAACAUAUAUUCCCUUUCCUUUUCCAUCCCAAAAACUUUCACCAAUAUAUAUACACUUUCCUGCAUGUUUCUCUUUUCUCAUCUUCACUCUUUUUGCUCCAACACACCCUUGAGUGUGUGUGUGUGUGAUAGAGAGAGAGAGACUUAAAAAAGAAGGCUUUGGAAGAUAUCUAUCCAUCUAUGUAUCUAUCUUUAACUCACUUUCCUAAGUAAACAUCUCUUCUUUUAUUGCUCCUUUCCUCGAACUUUCUCUUCCUUUUUUAGUCACCUCAUCUUAGAAACCAAUGGUAAUUUUUAUUUUGCAGUGUUAAUUUCAAGGGCGUUUGAUCUUUAGCAACGUUCAGCUGCCCCUUUAUUCCGAGAAUCUCUUCCAUCCCUUCUCCUCUCCUCACUUCUGCUUCUGGGUUCUACCCCCUUUCGCUUUCAAAUGCGAACCUGACUCAUAAUCUUCUCUCCUUUUCCUCGGGUCUCUUUCUUUUUCCACUUUCUCCCCCAACACGAUGGACCAACAAAGAAUGCAAGACAUGUUGACUAAUAAAAAAGGAGUGAAAUACACUGAGCACAGGAAGCAGACCACUAUGGUCAGACCUUCCCCUUUACUGCCCUCCCUCGCCGGCCGGACAAGGAAGUCACCGGACAUGAAUGCCGUCAAACCUAGAGUCGUGCGGAUUUCCGUCACCGACGCUGACGCGACUGACUCCUCCAGCGACGAAGAUGAGGAGGCCUUCAAACGAAGACACAGGGUUAAGAGGUUCAUCAACGAGGUCAAGAUUGAGACCUUCAGGGACAACGGCGACGGGAACGUUAAUGCUUGUACGAGUGCCGGAAAUGUUAACAGCGUUUGGAGGAGUAGGGGGUCUGCUGCUCCGGCGGCCGCUGGGAAUGGUACUAGUACUACUAAUAAGAAGAGGAAAAAGAGCAGCGGUGGCGUUGGGAACGGAAAGCAAACGCGGGUAGCUGAGGGGAGCAAUGUUAAGAAGUUUCGCGGUGUACGACAACGGCCGUGGGGGAAAUGGGCGGCUGAGAUUAGAGAUCCUUCGAGACGUGUCCGCCUGUGGUUGGGCACUUACGAUACAGCCGAAGAGGCGGCCAUGGUUUAUGACCACGCGGCUAUACAGUUGCGUGGACCAGACGCGCUGACUAACUUCGCAACCCCUCCGGCGAGAAGCGCCAGUCCGCCUGCACCGGAGUCCGCCACGUGCUCCGGCUACAACUCCGGCGAGGAGUCACACAACAACCAACGCUCUCCCAAGUCUGUCCUGCGCUUUGCUUCCACGUCGAACAGCAAUGAGGAGGCCGAAGCGGAGUCGUGUUUACCCAGUCCUCUACACGAAGAAGUGGUCGGAAUCGGAAAGGAAAGGCGUGAUUGCUGUGGCGAGGAGAUGUGCGUAUCGGAGAACUUCUCGCAUUAUUCGUUGAUUCCAGAGGACUUGCGAUUCGAGUUUGAAGAUCCAGUAGUGGACUUUAGCGAUUUGUUCGAGGACAACUCAAAUAUUUUCGAGUAUGCUAGGAAUUUUGAUAAUACGUUCGUGGAUUCGAGUGAGAGUGUAGAGUUUGGAUCGGCAAUGCCUGAUGAUUUCUUUUCAGACUUGGGAGACAUAUUUGGAAAGGAUCCUCUGGUGGCCCUUUGAGAUUUCUUUCUCCAUAAAAGCUUUUUUUUUUUUUUUUUUUGACAGUUUUGAGUUUUGAGGCAUGAAGUAAUAUGUGAAUUACUUUACUUACUCUAUCGGAUGUUUUUUUUUCCUCUUUCUCUCUAU